AUGUGUAAGGAAGAUGUCCAGGAUGGAGGGCAGAGGGGCACCGAUGAUCUUUGCCUUUCUCUGUUCACUGUCCGCUGGAGGGUCUUGCAGUCAGCAGGACUGCAGUUCCCAUACCAGACAGUGAUGCAGCUGAGUGACAUGGUGAUGGUGGUCCAGGUGAGAUCCUCUGUGAUGUGCACCCCCAGGAAUUUAGUGCGGUUGACUCUCUCCAAAGUCGAGCUGUCGAUGUGUGCUUCAUCGCUGUUACUGAACAGAUCUACCACAGUUGUGUCUUCUGCAAUCUUGAUGAUGUGGUUGGACCUGAACUUGGCAGUGCAGUCAUGGGUCAGCAAGUGUGAAGGGCAGCAGGCUGAGCACACAGCCUUGUGGGGCACCUGUGCUCAGUGUGGAAGUGUGUUUGGAGCUACAGGGCUGAAAUCAGUGAUAGUGAUGGGGGGAGAUUCAGUCACUCUAAACUCUGGUCUUUCUGAAAUAAAUGGUGAUGAUGUGAUUCAGUGGAAGUUUUGGAUUGAAAAAACAUUAAUAGCUGAAAUCAAUGUAACGGCCGACAGAAUGACUGUAUUUGAUGAUGUUCUUGAUGGGAGAUUCAGAGACAGACUGAAGCUGGACAAUCAAACUGGAUCUCUGACCAUCACAAACAUCACAACUGAAGACACUGGAUUUUAUAAAAUGAAAUAUCAAUUUGUUCUUAUUUAUCUUUUUUCUCUCAUGUUUGCAGCUCGUCUAGCUGUUACUGUCAUCAGCAGAAACUCUUCACAGUGUUCUUCAUCAUCAUCAUCAUCCUCAGAGCAGAAUUGUUCAUUGGUGUGUUCAGUGGUGAAUGUGGGUCAUGUGACUCUCUCCUGGUACAAAGGAAACAGUUUAUUGUCCAGCAUCAGUGUGUCUGAUCUCAGCAUCAGUCUCUCUCUACCUCUGGAGGUGGAAUAUCAGGAUAAAAACAGCUACAGCUGUGUGCUCAACAAUCCCAUCAGCAACCAGACUCAACAUCUGGACAUCUCUCAGCUCUGUCACACAUGUUCAGACUCUGUCCACUGCUGUGGUUCUACUGAAGCUGUGAUCCGAUUGGUCCUCUCUGCUCUGGUGGGCGUGGCUACUGUCAUUCUUCUGGUUUAUGACAUCAGAUCCAUAAAAACUGAAUGA